GUGAAAAACUUAUCAAUCGGUCUGUAACUUUGUGCAAUUUUCAUUGAUAAAAAGCAGUAGUCCUAUAAUAAGUUUUGUGCUGUGUGUAAUUUUAUUAUUGAAUCCGUGAUUAAACAUACCAUUCGAAAGAUUCAAUAUUGUUGCUCGUAAGACAAACAAAUAGUGUGCACAAUGUCCAGUAAAAUCGAAGAAGCCCAAGAGCAUAUUCGCCAAGCAGAGAAAAGUUUGAAAACUUCUCUACUUAAGUGGAGACCAGAUUUUGACUUAGCUGCUGAUGAAUACAACAAAGCUGCGACAUGCUUCCGGAACGCAAAAUCGCUGGAGAUGUGCAAGGAUUGUUUGUUGAAAUCAUCCGACUGUCACCGUCAAAAUCGGGCCCUGUUUCACGCUGCCAAGUGUUUAGACCAGGUGAUUCUUAUCUGCAAAGAUAUGAACAACCUAACAGAAGUGCGCAAGUAUGCAGAAAAAGCUUGUAAUCUCUACCAGCAGCACGGAUCUCCCGAGUCCGGAGCUUCAACGCUAGACAAAGCGGCUAAAAUCCUCGAAGCAACUCACCCGGAGGAUGCUCUUCAGCUGUACAAGCAGGCCGUCGAUGUGGUGACGAUUGAAGAUUCGUCAAGACAGGGCGCUGAGUACGCGAGUAAGGUGGCUCGAAUUAUGGUCAAGUUGGGAAUGUACGAUCAGGCAGCUGAUGCUAUUCGCCGAGAAAUUGGACUUCAUCAGCAGGUGGGAUCGGAAUCGGCCAUCGGCAGGCUGGCUGUCGUUCUGGUGCUUGUUCAAUUAGCUCGUGGCGAUUAUGUGGCUGCAGAAAAAGCUUUCAAAGAAUGGGGCAAUUGUUGCGACGCAGCCGAAGUGCAAACACUGGAAUCUUUGCUGCAGGCCUAUGACGACGAAGACCCCGAGCUGGCAGCGCGUGCGUUGUCUUCUCCAUUCAUUCGGCACAUGGAUGUUGAAUACGCUCGUCUGGCACGAGACUUGCCCCUUCCAAAGGGAAUGGCCAUUGCACCAAAGGCAAACGUUAUCGAAAAUGCGGCUGCUUCGUAUGUUUCGCCCAACAGCGGGGGUGCUACUGAGGGAACUGGAACUGGUCUCGACGAAAUGGGAGAAGGUGGUCUGUGUUAGUGUGUGUAUACAGUAAUACACCGAAUGCGCGAAAUGAGUUGUGUGAAAGAGGUAAAGCUAAUAUUGUGACGUUAAUUGUUGUUGUUAUUAGUAAGUAUAUUUAAUAUAAAUAGAACAUAUAUAUUUUAAAAUUGAUCUAGCUUAAUGCAAAAGCUCCCUGUACGUUAAAAUUGCAUUUCUUUAGAAAUUUAAGCGAAAAUGUAAUUGUAAGUUCCGUAAAACGGGGGAACAUUGAUCACUUGUUAUGAAAAUAGCCAAAAUUGACAACAAAAACCAUUGAUAUUUUUGUGGGGUAAAUUGACAAAUAUGUUUUGCAAUUACUCAAAAAACUAGUCAGUUUUAUUAUAGAGGAAUAUCUUCGCGCAUUGUUUUGUUUGUAUUAAUCGAAUCGAAUAUGUAUAUGCAAAUAAAUCGUAUCACCUUCAAUUGAAAUUUGCGGAUCUUUAUUGAAUGAAAAAAAUAUUCGCGACUGACAGAAGUCGCACAUGUUAGAAAGAGAAUUUAAUUUUUGCUUGGAAGAUGAAAUCACCUCGUCGCGUUUUUAUUAAAAAGAAAGUCAUGAUAAAUAUUACUACGGUGAUCAUGGAUGCCCCGUUUUGCGAGUUUCUUUCCGGCCAGGCAGCGCUAAAACAGCGAAUACGUCCAAGAUCGUCGGACAGCAAUCGCCAUUAACGAUUUCCUCAAUAUAUUAUUUGCUUAAAUCUCCAGAAAACAUAAGCAGCCUCUAACUCUAGAAAAUGCGCGCUUUUAAUCUUGGAAUUAAUGAAUCGAUAAAGCAUGUACAUCUUGAACAUACGAAAUCGCUAUUUGCAUUAUGUUACACUUAAAUAAGCAACGCUGUUGCACACCCUUGAAUCAAUAUCAAUCUAUCAAUUCAGAAAUUAAAAAGGUAAUACUUAUAAGCGUCAUUAGUGAGAAGAAAGUUUUUUCCGUACUAUAAAUACAAACGCUCGCAGGAGCAAGCAUUACCGUGUA